CCCUCUUUGGUCUCCUUCCAACAUCAUCAGCAGCAGCGGUGGCAGCACCACCAGCAGCAACGGCCCCGCCUCGCGACGUGAACCGCUGGCUGGUUCACCUCCAGCACCGUCUCACAUCUGGCUGUCAGGAAACAGCGCUGCCCGCCGCUCCGCCCGGUACCGCGGCAUGCUCAUAUCGGAAGAAGAAGAGGAAGAGGAUUUUUAUUUAUCUAAAAGGGGAGCGAAAUGUCUGAGGUGCGAAAAUUCACAAAGAGGCUGAGCAAACCCGGGACGGCCGCGGAAGUCAGACAGAGCGUGUCGGAGGCUGUGAGGACCACCGUGGACCUUGUGGAGCAGCCAAAGAUCAUUGAACCGCUCGACUAUGAGGCUGUGGUGUUUCAGAGAAAGGCUCAGAUCCACAGUGACCCCCACAGAGACCUGCUGCUCUGCCCUGUGGAUGAUGUCUCGGAGUCUCAGAUCUCCCGGCAGAGGAGGACCGUUGUUCCCUCUGUGCCCCAGAAUGCCGAGCGGGAGGCUAGGAGUCUGUUUGCCAAAGAGUGCAUUAAGAUGUACAACACUGACUGGCACGUAAUCAACUACAAAUACGAGGCUUAUUCUGGAGACUUCCGCAUGUUGCCGAGCAAAGGCCUGAAGACGGACAAACUGCCAGCUCAUGUGUUUGAAAUCGAUGAAGACGCCAAAGACGAGGACUCGGCAUCGCUGUGCUCCCAGAGGGGAGGCAUCUUGAAGCAGGGCUGGCUUCAGAAAGCCAACAUCAAUAGCAGCCUGUCUGUCUCCAUGAGGGUGUUCAAGAGGAGGUACUUCUACUUGUCUCAGCUCCCUGAUGGCUCCUACAUCCUCAACUCUUAUAAGGAUGAGAAAAACUGCAAGGAAACCAAAGGAUCCAUCUACCUGGACUCCUGUAUAGAUGUCAUCCAGAGUCCCAAGAUGCGGCGGAAUGGCUUUGAGCUUAAGAUGCAAGACCGCUAUAGCCACUUCCUGGCUGCAGACAGUGAGGCAGAGAUGGAGGAAUGGGUGGCCACACUGAAACAGGCUCUGCAGAGCAGCACAGAGGCUGGCCAGGACAGGAGGAACGGUGCUGAGUCGCUGGACUGUGUCCUUGAUGAUGACACGGCCAGCCAAGGUAAAGGCGAGAGCAUGCUGGAGAACUCGGGGAGGAGCUUGCACACUGAACUCAUCAAGUACACCAGGGAGACAGACCAGCUCAGUAAGAUGAACAGGAACGAAGGCAGGCUGAAGCUCUCCUCUCUGGAUCCUGAGACACAGAGGCUGGACUUCUCUGGGAUCGAGCCAGACGUGAAGCCCUUCGAGGAGCGUUUUGGUCGUCGUAUAGUGGUCAGCUGCCACGACCUCACCUUCAGUCUGCAGGGCUGCGUGAAUGAGAAGGGCGACGGUGUCCUUACCAAUGUGGAACCGUUCUUCAUCAGCCUCGCUCUCUUCGAUGUCUCCAAGAGCUGCAAAAUCUCGGCCGACUUCCACGUUGAGCUCAAUCCACCAUCUGUCAGGGAGAUGCUCACCGACACCUCCGCUCAAGCGUCUCCUUCAUCUGAGUCGGACGGUGGUGGAGUGAAGGACGGGGGACAGGGAGGAGUCCUCGUGAACGGAGACUCAGGGAAAGGAAACGGCCUGCCGCUGCUUCAGAGGGUGUCAGAGGCUCUGCUGCGCUUCCCCACUCAGGGUAUCUUUUCAGUGACUAACCCCCAUGCAGAUAUCUUCCUGGUGGCCCGUGUGGAGAAGGUGUUACAGAAUGGCAUCACCCACUGCGCUGAGCCAUACAUGAAAACCUCUGACAUCACUAAGACUGCUCAGAAGGUGCUCAAAGCUGCCAAGCAGACGUGCCAACGCUUGGGCCAGUACAGGAUGCCGUUUGCUUGGGCUGCCAAGCAAGUGUUCAAAGACGCUCAGGGCAGCCUGGAUAUGGAUGGGAAGUUUUCUCCUCUCUAUCGCCAAGACAGCAGCAAAAUCUCGACUGAUGACCUCAUCAAGCUGCUGGCCGACAUCAGGAAACCAGAGAAAAGCAAACUUCAGAUCAUCCCUGGACAGCUGAACGUCACCAUCGAGUGUGUCCCGCCUGAUUUCUCAAACACGGUGACGUCCUCUUACAUUCCCGUCAAGCCCUUCGAGGACGGCUGUGAGCGGGUGUCGGUGGAGAUCGAGGAAUUCCUCCCCGAGGAAGCCAAGUACAACUACCCCUUCACCACUUACAAGAACCAGCUGUAUGUCUACCCCCUGCAGCUCAAAUAUGACAACCAGAAGACCUUCACUAAGGCUAGAAACAUUGCCAUCUGCAUCCAGUUCCGAGAUUCUGAUGAGGAAGGUGCUGCUCCUCUAAAGUGCAUCUACGGCAAGCCGGGAGAUUCACUCUUCACCAGCAGCACCUACGCAGCCGUCCUGCACCACAAUCAGAGCCCUGACUUCUACGAUGAGGUGAAGAUCGAGCUGCCGGUUCACGUGCAUGAGAAACAUCAUAUCCUCUUCACCUUUUACCACAUCAGCUGUGAAUCCAGCAGCAAAGCCAGCAGCAAGAAGAGGGACGGAGUGGAGUCACUUGUGGGCUACUCCUGGAUGCCUUUGCUUAAAGAUGGGAGGAUGCAGUCGUUGGAGUUCCAGUUGCCCGUGGCUGCCACUUUGCCUGCUGGAUAUCUUUGUCAGGACACCAGGAAGGCUGAUAUCAAGUGGGUGGAAAACGCCAAGACACUGUUUAAAGUGAGGACCCACGUAGCAUCAACGAUAUAUCCUCAGGACCUCCACCUACACAAAUUCUUCCAGCACUGCCAGCUGAUGAGAACAGCAUCAGAAGGCAACCCAGCAGAACUGAUCAAAUACCUGAAGUGCCUACAUGCCAUGGAGACUCAUGUCAUCAUCACCUUCCUGCCAACAGUGCUGAUGCAGCUGUUUGAGGUGCUCACAGCCGCCACCAAAGAAGCCCACGAGAUUGCUGUUAACUCUUUGCGUGUGAUCAUACAUAUAGUUUCCAAAUGCCACGAGGAGGGACUGGAACACUACCUGCGCUCUUUUGUUAAGUACGUGUUUGUAACCAACAAUCCUGCAUCAGGAAACUCAGUGACCACUCACGAGUUGCUGGCCACAGCUGUAACAGCCACCCUCAAGCAAACUGCUGAUUUCAACACCAGCAAUAAACUGCUCAAGUACUCUUGGUUCUUCUUUGAAACCAUGGCAAAAUCCAUGGCUCAGUACCUGCAGGAGGAGAACCGCAUGAAGAUGCCACGGGCCCAGCGCUUUCCGGAGAGUUUCCACCAGGCUCUGCAGUCCUUGGUGUUGUCCAUUAUGCCGCACAUCACCAUCCGCCACUCAGAAAUCCCAGAGGAGGCUCGCUGCAUCAACUUGAGCCUGGCGAAUUUCAUCAAGAGGUGCCUGACUGUCAUGAACAGAGGUUUCGGUUUCGGCCUGGUCAACCACUACAUGUGUCAUUUCAGCCCUAAAGAUCCCAAGGUGCUGACCGAGAUGAAGUUUGACUUCUUGAUGACCUUGUGUAACCACGAGCACUUCAUCCCUCUCAACCUGCCCAUGGCUUUCGGGCGCACCAAGCUGCAGAGGGUACAAGAUUUUAUUCCGUAUGCGACGGAGCUUUUUGGGCCCGUAGAGCAGAGUCUGGAGUUCAGUUUGACGGAGGAAUACUGCCGUAACCACUUCCUGGUGGGGCUGCUGCUGAGAGAGGUGGCUGACGCCUUGCAGCAAGCGCCCGAAGUGAGGCAACAGGCCGUGGGCAUCCUCAAGAACCUUCUUAUUAAACACGCCAUGGAUGAUCGCUACACCGCUUUCAAGAACCAGCAGGCCAGGAUCUGUUUGCUGUACCUCCCACUUUAUGAGCUGCUCUACCAGAACUUGAAGCAGCUUUCCGCUCAGCCUCUCAUCUCCAGUCCUGGGCUGGGCCUAAACGGCUCCAGAGAUGACCUAAUAUCCACAGACAUGAGGAGGAUCAGCACAGCGAUCGAGAAAGAGCACGGUCAGCCAACUCAGAAUGGCCACGUUGUGAGGAGGGAAGACUCCAGAGGCUCUCUAUUUAUGGACCCAGGAACACCGGACAGCAAUGAGCUGCAGAGACGCGCCUCAACCAUGAGCAGCAGCACCAUGCCUCCUAUCGGCAGACUGGGACAAUAUGAAAUCAAAGGCCUACUGUUCUCUUUCCUGCACAUCGCCAAGACCUUGUCAGAAGACACCCUGAUGGCCUACUGGAACAAAAUCAGCCCUCAAGACAUCAUGAACUUCCUCAGUUUGCUCGAGGUCUGUCUGGCUCAGUUCCGUUACAUUGGAAAGAGGAACAUCGGCAGGAGCCAGGAGGCAUGUGUGUCGAAGCUGUUCUCGUCAGGUGGAAAGUCUCAGACAAUGCCACCCAUGCGCUGCAACCGUGCCAGCCUCAUGCAGAGCAAGAUACACCAGUUCAACACCAUGGAAGCCUCCUUCACACUCAACAUAGGGGCAGGGCCGUCAGAAGCAGAAAUCCACCAUCAGGCCCUGCUUGAAGGCAACACCUCCACCGAGGUCUGCCUCAGCGUCCUGGACAUCCUGAGUCUGUUCACUCAGUGUUUCAAGAACCAGCUGCUGGACAGCGACGGUCACAACGCACUGAUGAAGAAGGUGUUUGACGUCUACCUGACUUUCCUCAAAGUCGGCCAGUCAGAAGCUGCCCUCAGACACGUGUUCGCCGCUCUGCGUGCUUUCAUUAACAAGUUCCCUUCGGUGCUGUUCAAGGGUCGCGUGACGCUGUGCGAGGCUCUGUGCUGCGAGGUGCUCAAGUGCUGCGUCUCCAAGCUGGCCUCUCUGCGGGCCGAGGCGUCGGCCCUGCUCUACCUGCUCAUGAGGAACAACUACGAGUACACCAAGAGGAAAACCUUCCUACGCACACACCUGCAGAUCAUCAUUGCAGUAAGCCAGCUGAUUUCUGACGUGGCGCUGACCGGCAGUUCACGCUUCCAGGAGUCUCUCUCCAUCAUCAACAACUUUGCAAACAGCGACAAGGCCAUGAAGUCCACAGCUUUCCCCUCAGAAGUGAAGGGUCUGACCAAGCGGAUCCGCACAGUUCUGAUGGCUACAGCCCAGAUGCGAGAGCAUGAAAAAGAUCCUGAAAUGCUGCUGGACCUCCAGUACAGCCUGGCCCGGUCCUACGCCAGCACCCCUGAGCUGAGGCGGACCUGGUUGGACAGCAUGGCCAGAGCGCACCUCAAAAAUGGAGAUUUGUCAGAGGCUGCGAUGUGUUAUGUUCACGUGGCUGCGCUGGUUGCGGAAUACCUGAACAGAAAAAAGUUGUUCCCCAGCGGCUUGGCAGCUUUCAAGAAAAUCACCUUUAACAUCGACGAGGAAGCUGCCAUGAAGGAAGACGCCGGCAUGCAGGAUGUCUAUUACACUGAGGAAGUGUUGGUGGAACACCUCGAGGUCUGCGUGGACGCGCUGUGGAAAGCUGAGCGCUACGAAGUCAUCACGCACAUCGCCAAACUUGUUAUCCCCAUUUAUGAGAAGCGCCACGAAUAUGAGAAACUAAGCCGACUGUACGAAACUCUGCACAGAGCGUACAAUAAGAUCAUGGAGGUGAUCCAGUCGGGCCGCAGGCUGCUCGGGACCUAUUUCAGAGUGGCCUUUUAUGGACAGGGCUUCUUUGAGGAGGAGGACGGGAAGGAGUACAUUUACAAAGAACCCAAACUGACCGGCCUGUCCGAAAUCUCCCAGCGGCUGCUGACGCUCUACGGGGAAAAGUUUGGGCCAGAAAAUGUCAAGAUAGUUCAAGACUCAAAUAAGGUCAACCCCAAAGACCUUGACCCCAAGUUUGCCUACAUCCAAGUGACCUUUGUCAAGCCCCACUUCGAGGAGAAGGAAGCGCCAGAGAAGAAGACGGACUUUGAGAAGUGCCACAACAUCAGCCGCUUCGUGUUCGAGACGCCGUACACGCUGUCGGGGAAGAAGCACGGCGGGGUGGAGGAGCAGUGCAAGAGGAGGACCAUCCUCAUAACUGCCAACACUUUCCCAUAUGUUAAGAAGCGGGUGGAGGUGGUGGCUGAGAAGCAGGUGGAGCUUAAGCCGGUAGAUGUGGCCAUAGAUGAGAUGAAGGCACGGACGGCGGAGCUGAUCAAGCUCUGCUCCAGCCAGGAAGUGGACAUGAUCCAGCUGCAGCUCAAACUGCAGGGCUGCGUCUCUGUGCAGGUGAACGCAGGCCCCAUGGCGUAUGCCAGAGCAUUCCUGGAUGACAGUAAAUCCAACCAGUCCGGCAACAAGAAAGUAAAAGAGCUCAAGGAUGUUUUCAGACGUUUUGUGGAGGCUUGCAGCAUGGCGCUGGACAUAAACGAGCGUCUGAUCAAAGAGGACCAGUUUGAGUAUCACGAGGGCCUGAAAACCAAUUUCAAAGAAAUGGUAAAAGAGCUGUCGGACAUCAUCCACGAGCAGCUUUAAGGAAAAAACCCAAGAUAUACCCGGAGGAUAUGAUGCGAUCGCUACUACAGAACUCCCUCCAUGUGUUCCGUGCCAUCAGCGGGACGUCCACUGACCUCGGUUGACCUCCUGCACACCACCCUCCGUCUCUUGCGGCCACCCACACUUCUGUAUAUCCUUGCACUUCUCCCUUGAGGACCUGGAUUGGUUUAUAACAGGGAAUUUGUCAGUGCAAAUCUGCCCAGCUAUGCAUGCCAAAACAUUCCCCCUGGUGAAGAUGCCAUUUGGCUAUCAACGGCAUCUUUGCUGGAUGUGCAGUGGACGGUGGGGGUAACAGCUUGCGGCACAGCACUCAGAUUUAGUCCUCAAACCACAGCAGCAGUAAUUCUGAGAAUGUAUUACAGCAACACCAUUUACGUGUCUGCAUGUCAGGUUUAGGUGUUACGCUCAGCUGCAUUGCACUUUCCCCCCCCCCCACCUUUACAGCAAACUGCCAGACUGACUGCUGGUUAAACAGUUUUUCUAUUUUCUAUUUGCAAUGCCGCCCUUUAGAUCUAUGCAGGACACUGCGCUCCGUCCCAACUUUUACAACUUGAGUCACCUUUUUAAAGACAGUAGCACCUUUAGAUUGCGUCUCAGUGUUUGUGGCGAGAGGUUUCGUGCUACCAUACCGGCUCAACUAGUUCAACUCUUUUAUAAAAGGCACUAACCGAAAGCAUUGCGAGACUCUGUCUGGCAAAGGGUCGAUGUUUAUGUGCUAGCAGCGCAUUCCUGACAACUGAGGAGAAGGUGAUAAACAGAUAAGUCACAACUAAAGAGCAGCAGCUUAUAGAGCGUCAGGGCAAAGUUACUACCAUGUUUAUUCAAUGGCAGGCCUCUUGUGACUGCUCCAAAGUCACAGUGAAGACAAGACAGAGCUCAGGGUUGGAAUAAAUCUGACAGGAGUGGCUUGUGUAGUUUAAAAGUUGUCAAGUGCAUUGUUAAGACAAAACAAAAUCCCUUUGGAGUAACAGUGUUCUGGACUGUGCGCGCGUGAAUGCAUAAUAUAGAUUGCUAAUUCUAUUACAGCUUGAAAACAAUCAUUGAAAUAUUAUUAUUUUUGGACAUUUGAAAUGAGAAAUUGACAAAGCGAUGACAGCGUUGUGAUGAGAUUUACUUCAGUGCAUUGAGUUAUUAAAGACCUGAUUUUGGAUCCAGUGCCUUUGUGCUCUGUCUUCUGAAAAGACUCCUUUAUCUUGAGUAAUAAGAAGCCUCACAUGCUGGUUAUUCACAGUAUUUCACAAGUGCUACACUGAAAUUAGCAGACAGAUAAAUAAUAUUUAAGCAGAUGUACAUAAUUUGUCAACAUGCUGUAAAAUAAACUCUGUAUCCAUGUAUGUUUAUAUGUAUUGUAUGUAUGGUGUAUUAUAUAGCCACUUUUUUGGACUCUUGUUGGUCCAGAAUCCGUCCUAGCAGAGAUUUCUGUUUGUCAUUUUUAUUGCAUUGUUUACUGAGGUGAAGCUGCUUGUCAAACUUCCUUUGUAAAAUCCCUUUUUCAAUAAAACCUGUGGGGGGGAAAUACUCA